GAGCAAUCUGCCGAACCUGUUGGUGCUGAAUGGGGAUUUGAUUUUUCUCCAUUUGAGUCAGUUGUUGAAGACCCUGAUAAUGACGGCAAGUCAUUCAAAAGCCCUAUUGACGUUAUCGGUUUUGUGGUGAAGUGUCUUCCGUCAGAGGAGAAGACUGAAAAUAAUAACGGGAAAGAUGAGAAGAAGGCUACCUUUAUUCUGGAGGAUUUGCAACACCAGCAGAUUUACGUUACUCUGUGGGGGGUUUAUGCUGAUCAGAUUAUUGAAUUUCAAAGAGAACAUAAGGAUGAAAAAAAUGUUGUUGUGGUUGUUCAGUUUGGCAAGUACCGUUUUUGGGGAGGAAAUUUGUUCGUAUCCAAUUUGUAUACUGUAACUCGAGUGUUCAUAAACACUGAAAUUCCCGAGAUUUUGGAAUUUAAAAGAAGGCACGUAAUCUUAUUACGAUUUUGUUUUAUAGUCUACUUUAUGUACAUAUUAGUCUAAAAAAUGGCAUUAUUUAUGUACAGUUUCCUUGCUCAGAUGAAUACGUCAACGUCUUCCGGUUACUCUGGUUUGAGUUCCCCUGUUAUGAAGUCAAUGGCUGAGGAGUAUCUUUCUGAUAUUUCCUUCAGUACAAUUGGAGCAUUAACCGGAAUAUCAGAAGAAAAGUUUGUUAUUAUACUUGGAACAAUUAAAAGCUUUGCUUCAGAAGACUCAUGGUUUUACAAUGCAUGUAAAACUUGCAACAAAAAGGUUUUUACCAACACUAUUUCCAAGGCCAAGGAAGAUGGUAGCGAAGGAUAUGAUGAAGUAACUGUCUUGGAAUGCCAAACUGAUCGGUGCAAUAAAAGGACAGUUGUCUCUGUUCCCAGGAUAAAACUGCUUAUUCGUGUUCAGGAUUGUACCGGGAUUGUUACUUUGACGUUGUUUGAACGUGAAGUUGUUAAACUCCUAAAUGUUAACGCAAACCAACUUUUGGAUAAUAACAUGGAGUUAGCAAGCGAAGGCAAUUUUCCGAGUGAGCUGAGGGCAUUGAUAAACAGGAGGUUUGCGUUUAAGAUAGCCAUAUGUUCGUUUAAUAUAAAUAAGAAAUUAGAUGGCUACUCUGUUUCGAAGUUGACCGAAAAUCCUUCUAUCAUCAAAGAUCUUGAUGCUCAUUUUGAUGUUUACCAGGCUGCUGAUGAUGAACCUUUAGGUCCUCAUGCUUCUGAUCCAACUCCAAUUGUUAACGUUAACAUCCAGGAUUCUGUUUCCCGUGUCGUUGAUGAAGAUACUCCAAUGUCCAAUUUGAACAACAGCAUAUUUACUACACCAUCUAGAGCUCAUAUUAGUUGUUCUUCAAAGAUGCUGGACAAUGAGCUGAAGCGCAAUUUGGAGGCGGUUUAUGAUGUGGAUCUUUGUUCUUCUCAGUCUUCAACUAAACCGCGUCAGGGUGAUUGUGAGAACAAUGAAGGUUUGAAGAUGAAAGCAAAGCUGGAAGAUUAGUAAUAACAUUUAUCAGUCAUUUCAGUUUUUUCGAACAAUUUGAGAUGUUUUAUUUUGGUUUUUUAUUUCGUAACAUUUAUUUCAGUACUUGAUGUUUG